ACGUCAGUGUGGGACUGGGUAAUUGACCAAUAAGCGCGCAUCUAAUAUCGCGGAAGCGAUCUCCUGAAACACAUGGGCUAGUAGAUGGUUGUAACCUUGGAAUGUUUGUAGUUUAGUUUGCUGAGAAGGAUGCAGGCUGCUUUGGAAGUUACUGCAAGAUACUGCAGAAAAGAAGUUGAAGAGUAUGGACAGUGUGUGGCUUCUAACCCAUCGUCAUGGCAACAGGAGUGCCACAGUCUCAAAGUUAAGGUGGCUCAGUGCACAUCUUCGCACCCGAUAAUACAGAAAAUUAGAGCAGAAUGUACCGGGCCAUUAACAGCGUUUGAACAAUGUUUAAAACAAAACCAGUCUUCUGAAGUUAACUGCUCUGAACAUAUCAACAAGUUCCUGGCCUGUGCUGAAAACGUGAAAGCUCCAAAGAUAGGUGAAGCAGUCCCGCAUCACACAUGACUAAAGGCUGAAGAUUUCCCUGGCCCUGGAAGCUACAAAAAAACAGAUCCAUGCCAAAGGAAUGGUGUAUUUUCCUACAGAUUGGCAUCACAGUGGUGCUGUGUCCUGCUGUCUUCUUUUAAGAAUCUGUACCUUAGAAUGUGACUGCUGUGUUGAGCCUGUUAUGUAUAUCAUGAAGACUGAUUCAGCAUACUUGACAGCUGGUCAAGAUUGUAAUGUGCAGCAGAAACCAUAAUAUUGAACUAUGCUCUCUGUACGCUUUUUUUUAAAAGAAGAUUAUUUUUGAAAAGUGUAUAUUGAACUUAUGUGAGAAAAAAUAUUAUUCUGUUGUGAUGUAAUUUUAUAUGAUGCUAUGUAACUGUACAUUCUCAAUAUCCUCCAUGAAUUCUAGCUGCAUUAAUUUGACUGUGAAGAUUCAUUCCUGGUAUGAUACAGAAAAGUUACUGUAGUUCUUGUUGUAGGAUAUCCGGUUGUGUGGAACUGGAGUGCUUGCAUGUUGUCUCUGCUGCUGGUAAUCACUGACACAAGAUCUGUGUUGGUAGUUCCUGCCGCUCGUCUUGGGAUCUGGUGAUGCCUGAAUGCCUGAGAUGGCAGUAGGUCAGGAAGGCACUGAAGCCACAAGUGCUUGGAUUAAUGUAGGUACAUGGUUCACACUCCAGAGAGGAAGUAGUUUUUCCUUACUUCCAGGUGGACACUUCUACAGCUGAUGAUUUGUGUUUGCAUACUCGAAUGGUGUGCCUUGUUUGCUGUCUGGAUGUUGCAUAUUCUGUCAUUUAACAUCAGCAGGUGGCAGUCCUCUGUUUUUGGAAAGGAAAAGCACAUGUUUUAUGAGUAAUAACUGCUAAAUCUCUUUGAAACUGGUUUAUUGCAGCACAAAACUAGCUACUGUCACGCUAUAGAUAGGCCGUCUGUGAUAUCUUGAGGGGUGUUGAGUGGUGGUCUUGGUGUUUGAAUGAGUGGUUGGAGGAGUCUGUAGAAACUGUGCUAUCAGGAACCUUCUCUUAGUGGAAGGCAGGAGGAUGUGUGAUUAAAGGUUGCUGAUAACUGAU